AUGGGCUACCGAACACGGGCAUGCAUUGCCAUACUCGCGGUAGUUGGCCUCCUUGCCUUUCAGCAUACCACUGUCUUGCUCGAGGAGCUCACCACCAUCUCCUUCCUCCCACCGUGGCCGCUGUUCACGGCUGCCACGGCUGGCCUGACCCUCACCGAGCGCUCCUUUGCCGCCGUCGCACCACCUGGCGCACAGAUUCUUCGCUUGGCCACCGCAUACGUGUCAUCGGCCUCGCUAACGGCUUCGGUGCAACUCGGCGUAUGGGAUGCCCUGGCUGCUGCCCUGCCUCAUCCGCUGUCGUCGCGGCAUUUGGCUGCGGCCAUCGCUGUUCCUGAUCACAUCGCCCUCGCCAAACUGAUGACUCUGCUCGCUCAGCACGGCAUGGUUGAGCGGAUCCCGGGUGACGGCAGCGGCGAGGAUGAUGCUUGGGCACUCAAUCACGUCUCGCGGCUCCUUGUCUCGUCGCAUCCAUCGUCACUGGCUCCGGCGGUGGCCCUGCUGGGCGGGCCCGAGCACACAGCACCCAUGCACGAUCUGGCGGCAGUGAUGCGGCGUGGUGCGGCGCCUGGGGGCUUUGCUGGCUCGCAUGCCGGCAAGUCGCUGUGGGAGUAUCUGGCGGAGAGGCCGGAGCGCGAGCGGGUUUUUGACGACGCCAUGCAGGCCAUCGAGGCGACCGAGAAGGGCGCGGGCGUCAUCCUGGACCGUGGUUCGGUCAUCGGCGCUGUUCGCACCGAGUGGUCGACGUCGGCUACGCUCGCCGCAUACCAACGCGCUGGACGGGUCUCAUUUGAACUCGGCGAUGUGUUUAGCGAGGAGCUUGCGCUCGGGCCUGUGGCGGCGGCGGCCGGCCGCGCCGGCGACCGUGUUGCCGUCGUCCUCAAGCACAUCCUGCACGACUGGAAUGCAACGGCGGCGGCAGCGAUUGUGGCCAACGUGGCACGGGCGCUGCCGCCAGGCGGCGAGUUGGUGCUCAUCGGGCGGGUGCUCGAGCCGGUUGGAUGCACUGCUUGCCCCUGCUGGCCUGGUCCGGCUCCGCACUGA